AUAGCACUUCAUUUCCAUCUCUCCACUCAAUACACAUCCAUCCAUACAGAAAACGAGGCACUCCGAGCUCAACUGAAUUUUGAUUUCGUUUCAAUUUUCAAAAAAUACAUACACAUAUAGAUACACAAUAUAUACAUACACACAUACAUACAUAUCUGCAUUCAUGGAAUGCAUGAAUGUGAUAUCGUUAAGGGCAUCAUCGUCUGCGGCUAAUUCAACACAGGGAUUUUCAUUUCAGCAGCUACGAAAAUCCGCAUUUCUCAGGCCUAUGCCGCCGCAGACGCGCGUGCCAAAUCACUCGCCGUUCAAGCAUCAAUCCUUCCCCUCUGUUAAAUCUCAACAGUUUGAAGUGAAAGAUGAAUCCGAAACAGAUACUCCCAAAGUUAAGGAGGGUGAAAUCGGAAUUUACCAAGAUGAAGUGACUGCAAGUCAAGGUAUAAAGAUUAGGAGGCGGCCGCCAACCGGACCGCCAGUUCACUACGUGGGUCCGUUUGAAUUUCGCCUGCAGAACGAAGGGAACACCCCACGUAAUAUUCUCGAAGAAAUUGUGUGGCAUAAGGAUCUUGAACUUGCUCAGAUGAAAGUGAAGAAACCGCUCGUCUCACUGAGGAAACUGCUGGAUAAUGCUCCACCGGUUCGAGAUUUUAUUGGAUCUUUGAAAGAGGCGAAUUUACGGACCGGUUUUCCGGGUUUAAUUGCUGAAGUGAAAAAGGCUUCUCCUAGUAGAGGGGUUUUAAGAGAAGAUUUUGAUCCUGUCCAAAUUGCUAAAGCAUAUGAAAAAGGUGGAGCAGCAUGCCUUAGUGUUUUAACCGAUGAGAAAUACUUCCAGGGAAGCUUCGAAAAUUUAGAGGCCAUUAGAAACUCCGGAGUACAGUGCCCACUCUUGUGUAAAGAAUUUAUAAUAGAAGCAUAUCAAAUAUACUAUGCUCGAGCGAAAGGUGCGGAUGCAAUUCUAUUAAUUGCUGCUAUUUUACCUGAUCUCGACAUCAAAUACAUGCUCAAGAUUAGCAAAAUGCUGGGUUUGACCGUACUCGUUGAGGUACAUGAUGAGAGAGAGAUGGAUCGUGUUAUAGAGAUUCAGGGGAUUGAACUUAUUGGCAUCAAUAACCGUGACCUCGGAACAUUUGAGGUUGAUAUUGCCAACACGAAAAAGCUUCUGGAAGGUGAACGCGGACAAAGGAUACGUGAGAAAGGCAUUACUGUUGUCGGAGAGUCUGGACUUUUCACUCCUGCCGAUAUUGCAUAUGUUCAGGAAGCUGGUGUUAAUGCGGUACUGGUAGGAGAGUCACUUGUGAAGCAGGAUGAUCCUAGUGUGGGAAUAACUCAACUCUUUGGUAAAGAUAUCUCCUCUUCUUGAUGCUGUUUGCGUCGUAUAUACGAUUUUUGUAGCUGCUCUCGAUUGACUAUGGAGACUACGCUUACUUGAGUUACAUCAUCUUGUUCAUUUUUGACUCAUAAAUCCCUCCCUAUAUAUACAUAUUUAAUUUUUUAUUUUUUUCAUUUGUGAAGAUAUCAAAUCUGAAAGUGUAGUUAACCAAGUAUUGUUGUAUGACUGUAUCAGAUAAUUGUGAAUUAAUGUCAAUAUCAUUUUCAGGAAAAGAAAAAAAAAACAUUAUACAA